UUAAAUACCCCUAUCAUCAUUCAAAUUAACAAGAACACCCUGCUAUACUUGUAUCACAGAAACAGAAAUCAAUCACCAACAAUUUUCUGGAGAGUCAGCUAAGAAACUACCAUGCGAGAGAGAGGAAGCUAUUGAUUCAAAUUGCCCAAUCGGAGCCAAACGCCGCCAUGAAUACUAUAAUUUCAAGAGAAUUCUGUCCCAAAUUAUGCUCACCACGAAAUUUUUCCUUCCAUUUCCCCUCAAUUUCCCAGAAAAUCCCAAAUUAUCCCACCCCCUUUCCGAGAAAAUGUUCCAGGAUUCCGAAGAUACUCACUUUCUGCGCCGUAGCAAGCUCUGAAUCGCUGAGUUAUGGCGGUUGGGACGCUCCUGAACUCACUAGAGACUCAGUUAGUUCCGGUGAGUCCAACCAUCUUCACAGUCUUCUGAACUCUCUUGGAAUUAAUGAUAGAAAAUAUGUGAUUGUGUAUGUGUUGGGGUUUGUUUGUGCUUUGGCCAUUUCUAGAGUCAAGGUUUCCUCAUUUAUUGCAUUUCCAGCUUGUAUGAUAGUAUUUGUUCUUGGGUUCACAAUUGGGCUUGUGAAUGGAGGUCAGAUGAGCUUGAUUGGGACCAAGAAGAUACCCAAAGAUGAGAUUUUUAGGGUUCCUGUUGGGAAAUUGAGGUGUUUGGUGGACUUGAUAAAUGAAUUUGAAGCUAAGAUUUUGAACUUGAAGAAUGAUGCUAAGAAAGGGAUUGAAUGUAAUCACAUCACAGUGGAUGACCUAGAAAGUUUUAUCAACAAUUUAGAGCUUGUUAAUUCAUCUGCUGUUAAUGCUAAAAGUAUCCUUGAGGGUUGUAUAGACAGUAUACUAGUUGAAAGUCAGGAAAUGGAAAGAAGUACAAACCAAAAGUCGAGUAGGCGUAAGAAAGAUCCAGGCGAGAAUCAGUUUAGUGUCUCUCAGUUUUUCGCUGGGCUGUUUCAAGAAAAGUCAGAUUCGAAGUCUAAUAAGCGGAAAGAUUCCACAGAGAAUGAGUUAAUGGAUGGGAAUGUUACCAACUUGAAGCAAGGCAAUAUAUUGGGCUCUUCUGCUAAAGAUAGAAAUGUAAAUUAUAUUUUGAAUCAGAAAGUUGGGAAUCGUGAUCAGAGCUCAAAAGGCACUUUAUUCGACCAUGCUGAUAAGAAUGCAAGUUCGCCAGAGAUGGAUUAUACUGUUCAAUCAAUUUUUGGCAGUCAACAAUAUAGUUAUUCGACUAACCAUACGCAUUAUAUGAAGAAUGAAAGAAUCUCUCUUAAAAAUGGUAAUCCUAAUGAAGUUGGGACUUGGAUAUCUGAUGAGUGCUUACACAAAUCUCUGGAUUUUGGUGUCAGCACAGAGAGUAUUAAAACAGUGAAUUCUUUUCUGCAAGAGCAAGAAGUGAACGAAUUAGAAGGAAAAUAUAGCCCUUUUGAUGGCACAAAGAGGAAUGAAGAUUGUAGGUCUUAUAUCAAAACCGAGAUGAUGGCUCCUGAAGAUGAACCCUCCCUGGCCAGUAAUGACCGCUCACAUGAUAGAGAUGUUGGUUCCUCUACAUUUUCUGCAGGUUCUGAUGAUAUGAAGUUCAGUAAGUACCUUUCUGAAGCCAAUAUUUUACUGAAAGAAGCCAAGGAUUGUUUAAGGCGGCAAGGUAAUGAUAAGAUCGCAGAUGAUGCAUUCCACAAGUCUGCCAUUCUAUUUUCAAAAGCCACGGACAUCAGACCCAUGAGUUUAUUGGCUGUGGGCCAGUUGGGUAACACGUACCUCCUUCAUGGAGAGCUAAAACUAAGGAUCAGUCGUGAAUUGAGAAUAGUACUCACUAGAACAAACCCUGUCUCGGUGGAUAUAUGGGAGGGAAUAGAAAAUGCACAAAAUGAUAAAGUUGGAAGGAAAGAGAAACUUGCAUCUUUUCUCGUUAAUGUCUGUGAAGAGUGUGAAGAACUACUUAUUAAGGCAGGGAGACAGUAUAGGUUAGCUCUUUCAAUUGAUGGGAAUGAUAUGAGAGCAUUGUAUAACUGGGGUCUGGCUCUCUCUUUCCGUGCACAGUUGAUUGCAGACAUAGGACCGGAUGCUGCCCGUGAUGCUGACAAGGUGUUCUUGGCUGCAAUAGAUAAAUUUGAUGCGAUGAUGUCCAAAAGCAAUAAUUAUGCACCUGAUGCUCUCUUCAGAUGGGGUGCGGCUUUACAACAAAGAUCUCGGCUACGGCCCAGAAACAGUAGAGAGAAGGUGAGGCUAUUACAGCAAGCUAGAAGGCUAUUUGAAGAUGCACUUGAUAUGGACUCAGACAAUCUACAAGUUCAGAAGGCCUUAUCAUCCUGCAUAUCUGAGCUCAACUGGUACAACUAGUCAUAUAAGAUUUUUCUAACCCCGGGGGACAUAAUCCACACAGUCACAGUCUUUCUUUUCUGGUCAUAAGCAAUUCUUGAUAGAUAUGCUUAUACUGGCAAUAUAUUGACAAUAACACAGAAUAAACAAGGCUAUUUUGAAUAUUCUUCUUAACCCAUCUUCUUUCUUGUCUUUAACAAGGAUAAAUUAAGCUGGUCUAUUUUGGAUGGUAAUGGUUUCUUUCUGGUUAUUAUGGAGUUAUCAGUUCUAUUCUCUGUCAAUUUCAUGAACAGAUCAUAUUUUGUUGUAGUUUGUACACUUUUGUGAAAGAGAUAUUUAGCAGCAAAGAUGCAAAAAUCAA